UGUGCUGCAUGGAGGAAGGGAAAGUAGAAAAUACCGGGCCAGGUGGCAGACAGCCAGCAUCUUUCCCAGUGAAAGUCUUGCUCCAGGCUUUCUUGUUGGAAUUUCUCUGGACUGUGGAAUUAGCCAAGCUGACCACCAGCCAGCCCGUGGGUCAUGGGCUGCGGGUGGGAGCAGAACUUUAGAAGAGUCGGGAAGAGGAGGAGUUGGAAGAGGUGACUGCAGGCUUCUAGACCCAGACUGCUGUCCAGAAGACAGCCUUUCUGGGACGAGUGAUCUGGAAAACAGGAUGAAGGAUGAGCCCACCAGGGGAUCCAGCCCAGCCAGAGCCUGAGGGCUGCAGAGGCACCAUGAAUGCUGAGGAGGAUGCCAAGUGGCUUCAGUGGGUGACACAGCAGUUUGAGAGUGUGGCAGGAGAAGACCGGGAGAUCAGCCUGCAAGAAUUCAAAACAGCCCUGAAUGUGAAAGAGUCCUUCUUUGCCGAGCGGUUCUUCACCCUGUUUGACUCUGAUGGAAGCGGCACCAUCACUCUCCAAGAGCUGCAGGAGACGCUGGCCCUGCUCAUCCAUGGCAGCCCCAUGGACAAACUCAAAUUCCUCUUCCAGGUGUACGACGUCGAUGUCUGCAGGUCCACAACGGGGGUGCUGGGCAGGCGCCCCUCGCCAUCCGGUCCCAUCCCGCCCGGCGCAGGCAGCGGCUCCAUCGACCCGGACGAGCUGCGCACAGUGCUGCAGUCGUGCCUGCGCGAGAGCGCCAUCUCGCUGCCCGACGAGAAGCUGGACCAGCUGACGCUGGCGCUCUUCGAGUCGGCGGACAAGGACGGCAGCGGCACCAUCACCUUCGACGAGCUCCGUGACGAGCUGCAGGGCUUCCCGGGCGUCAUGGAGAACCUGACCAUCAGCGCCACCCACUGGCUGACGCCCCCCUCCGCCCGGCCACGCCCACGCCCUCCGCGCCCCCUGACCCUCGCCUACUGGCACAACCACCGCAGCCAGGUGUUCUGCCUGGCCACCUACGGGGCCCUCUGCGUUCUGCUCUUCGCGCUGGCUGCGAGCGCGCACCGGGCCCAGGGUGCCAGCAUCAUGGUGGCCAGAGGCUGCGGCCAGUGCCUCAACUUCAACUGCAGCUUCAUUGCGGUGCUGAUGCUGAGACGCUGCCUCACCUGGCUGCGGGCCACAAGGCUGGCUCAGGUCCUGCCGCUGGACCAGACCAUCCAGUUCCACCAACUGAUGGGCUACGUGGUGGUGGGGCUCUCCCUUGUGCACGCUGUGGCCCACGUUGUGAAUUUUGUGCUCCAGGCUCAGUCCGAGGUCAGCCCCUUGCCGUCCUGGGACCUGAGGCCCACCGUGAGGCCUGCUGUUGGCUGGGCCCAUGUCCCGGCAGUCCCCACAUGGACCGGGGUGGCCCUGCUCCUGCUGCUCCUCCUCAUGUUCGCCUGCUCCAGCUCCUGCGUCCGCAGAAGCGGCCACUUUGAGGUGUUCUAUUGGACCCACCUGUCCUAUCUCCCCAUAUGGGGCCUGCUUAUCGCGCAUGGGCCCAACUUCUGGAAGUGGCUGCUGGUCCCCGGCAUCUUGUUCCUCCUGGAAAAGGUCAUCGGGCUGGUGGUGUCCCGCAUGGCGGCUGUGUGCAUUGUAGAAGUCAACCUUCUCCCCUCUAAGGUCACUCACCUCAUCAUCAAGCGGCCCCCCCUUUUCCACUAUAGGCCAGGUGACUACUUGUAUCUGAACAUCCCCUCCGUCGCACGGUAUGAGUGGCACCCCUUCACCAUCAGCAGUGCUCCUGAGCAGAAAGACACCAUCUGGCUACACAUCCGGUCCCAAGGCCAGUGGACAAACAGGCUGUGUGAGUCCUUCAAGACAUCAGACCCUGUGGACUAUGGCUCCAAGAGGCUGUCAAGGAGUUUGAAGAUGAGGAGGAGUCAGAGGAGGUCCCAGGCCUCGGAGAUGUCCUUUGAGAACCACCAGUUCUGUAACAUCAAGUGCUACAUAGACGGGCCAUAUGGAACGCCCACCCGUAGGAUCUUUGCCUCGGAGCAUGCCGUGCUUAUUGGGGCGGGCAUUGGCAUCACGCCCUUUGCGUCCAUCCUGCAGAGUAUCAUGUACAGGCACCAGAAGAGAAAGCACAUUUGCCCCAACUGCCAGCAUUCCUGGAUAGAUGGUGUCCUGAAUGAUGAGAUGAAACUCCACAAGGUGGACUUCGUCUGGAUUAACCGAGAUCAGCAGUCGUUCGAGUGGUUUGUGAGCCUGCUGACCAGCCUGGAGAUGGACCAGGCCGAGGAGAAUCAAGAUGGCCGCUUCCUGGAGCUACACAUGUACAUGACCUCUGCGCUGGGCAAGAAUGACAUGAAGGCCAUUGGCCUGCAGAUGGCCCUCGACCUCCUGGCCAAGAAGGAGAAGAAGGACUCUAUCACAGGGCUCCAGACGCGGACCCAGCCUGGGCGGCCUGACUGGAGCAAGGUGUUCCAGAAAGUGGCCUCUGAGAAGAAGGGCAAAGUACAGGUCUUCUUCUGUGGUUCCCCAGCUCUGGCCAAGGUACUUAAAGGCCAUUGUGAGCAGUUCAACUUCAAAUUCUUUCAGGAGAACUUCUAG